AUGAAGGCGAGCGGGGAGAAGAGCCGCGCGGAGCGCGAGGAGAGCAGUGCGGGGAAGAGGCGGAAGAGGGAGGAGCCCGCGGGGAAGGAGGGGAACAUGACAGGUGCUGCUGCGGGCACCGAGCCUAAGGUCGGGGGUAGUGCGGCCGAAGGACAGGGGGAUAACGCGGAAAUUGAGAAGAUGGCGGGAAGCGACUCUGAGAGCAAAGAGGAGUGGGGAGCGAACGGAGAGGAGGAUUUUGAUGCGGGGGCUGAGCUGCAGGAGCUGUGCGAUCGCGUGGUGGCGCUGGAGACGAAUGGGCCGGGUGCCAAGACGUGGGAGGUCUCACAUUGCUAA